UCCACACCUCUCGUUUUCACCGCUGGGCUGCCGAGAGAGAAAGAGGAAAGAAAGGCGACGCGGCUGUCGUCUCGCCCGCUUCCACAUACCACUCGGAUCCCAACCCCCGCUCCAUCCCUCCCCCUCGUCGUCGUCGACGGCACCGCGACGGCCCCGCUGCCAGCGCGUCCCGCGCGCGAGCCAGCACCAGCGGCUCGGAGCAGGGGAGAGACGGGAGGAUGGACCCCGAGAAGCGCGGAUACAGGCUCCAGGAAUUUGUUGCACACGAUGCUGAAGUGAGGUCCUUGGUUAUUGGCAAGAAGUCAAGCCGUGUGUUUAUCACUGGCAGCAGUGACCGUAAGGUUAACCUGUGGGCCAUUGGCAAGCAGGCGCCACUUCUGAGCUUAUCAGGCCACACAGGCUCAGUUGAGGCUGUUGAGUUUGAUACAGCAGAGGUGCUUGUGCUUGCUGGUUCAUCAAACGGCUCCAUCAAGCUCUGGGAUUUGGAAGAAGCAAAAGUUGUGCGAUCUCUUACUGGGCAUAGAUCAAGCUGCACUUCUGUUGAAUUCCAUCCAUUUGGCGAGUUUUUUGCAUCUGGUUCUUCAGAUACAGAUCUUAAGAUCUGGGAUAUAAAGAAAAAAGGCUGCAUUCACACGUAUAAGGGUCACAGAGGAGCAAUUAAAACAAUCAGAUUUACACCUGAUGGACGAUGGGUUGUCACCGGCGGAGAAGAUAACGUUGUAAAGGUGUGGGACCUGACAGCUGGAAAACUUCUACAUGACUUCAAGUUCCAUAGUGGACAAAUCCGGUGCAUUGAUUUUCAUCCUCAAGAAUUUUUGCUUGCAACAGGCUCAGCUGAUCGGACAGUGAAGUUUUGGGAUCUCGAAACUUUUGAAUUGAUUGGUUCUGCUGGACCUGAGGAUACUGGUGUUCGAUCUAUGGUCUUUCACCCAGAUGGAAAAACCCUAUUCUGUGGGUUAGACCAGAGCCUAAAGGUAUUCUCUUGGGAACCGGUAAGAUGUCAUGACGUUGUUGACAUGGGAUGGAGCAAUUUGGCUGAUCUUAGCAUUUAUGAAGGAAAGCUCUUGGGAUGCUCCUACCAUGAAUGCCGAGUUGGUAUUUGGGUUGCUGAUAUAUCGCUCAUUCGGCCCUAUGCUCUUGGUGUUUUACCCAAAGCAAAUUUCUUUGCGGAGCUCGUGCAUUCUUUAGAUGACAGCCCUUCAAAACCGAUUGAUACCACCACAAAGCCCAUUCCUGCUCUAGCAACAACACAUCCCAAAAAUUUCUACAAGGUCAAGGAGACAGGGACUGUAACUGAAAGUGGCAUUCGCAGCUCACAUUUGACUCCAGCAAGUUUAGAUAAAACCAAGAAAGAUAAGAGUAAUGUCACUCCUCGAAGACCUGAUUCUUCUUUCAAAUCAUCUAUUCAGAGUUCUACUGCAAUGAGGCGCACGAGAGCUGUUGAUAGUCCAUUCACCAAUAAAAGAACAGCAGAGCGCAAUUUUGCACAGAGGGACGUUUCUUUAGCAUCCCGUACAGGAACAGCUAAUAAUUCUUCAACUGUUAGAAAAGGUCAUCUCGCUGAGUCAAUCUCUGUAAAAGAUAUUUACACUACACCACAGACUGUUUCUAUGCCUGUUGUUAUGCCUAGAGACAUCUUAGAGGACAAAACAGCAGGCAGUAUUAGUAGAGGAAUUGGAGGGAGAGCUGCUGUUGCAGAUGAUUUCCGCAGUCCUGUUCAUUCAAGGAAACUCUCAGUUGAUAGUUUUGCUGGUGAUAGUGUCAACGCAGCAAAGUCCAUGCUAACUGAUCCUGAUGAUUGUUCUGAGGAUUUGUCUGGCUUAAAAUUCUCUUUUGGACUAACUCCAUAUUACAAGAAAGAAGAAUGCAAUAAUAUGGAUAAAAGUGAUAUUACUCAAAUGGCAGAAAAAAUGGACAGAACAGUGUCGUUGGAGCAUCAACUUCAGUCAAAUGAUUCCUUUGAAUCGCCAUGUUCAACUACAGAAACAACCAAGGUCAAAUAUGUCAGAGGAGUCGCUGUGCCAUUAGGAAAAACAAAGUCUCUUGUCGAGAGAUGGGAAAAGAGAGAGGCUACUAAUGUUGAGUGCUCACCACCAACCGGUUCUUGUGGUGAUCGUGCAGUGAAAUCUGAUGGUCCUUCCUUUUCAGCAGAACCAAGUCAGGCAUAUGAAAAUGACUUGUCAACAGUUGAUGAGGUGAUGACUCCAAUCAAUUUGAUGGAGAGUCAUGAUGAGUUCAUAAAUGCUGUAAAAUCUCGCCUGACAAAGUUAGAGAUGAUGCGUCAUGUCUUUGACCAAAAUGGUAUCAAAGGAGCAAUUGCUGCAGUGGCAAAGUUGCCAGACAAUGCUGUUCAAGCUGAUGUCGUUAGUACUCUGAAGGGGAAGCUUGAUCUUUUCAACCUAGAGAUUUUCUCGAGCUUUCUGCCUGUUCUUGCAGGGUUGCUGAGCAGCAAGACUGAAAGGCAUGCCGUUGUUUCUUUGGAGCUGUUGUUGGAUCUUAUAAAGAUUUUUGGACCAGUUAUUCAUUCAACAUUGUCAGCUCAUUCAGCAGUUGGAGUUGAUAUUCAGGCCGAGCAGAGGUUACAACGUUGCAGUCGGUGUUUCAACCAUUUGCAAAAGAUUCGGCAAAUUCUACAUCCCUUGAUUAUGCGGGGUGGCCAAUCAGCACAGCUUGCCCAAGAGCUUAACCUGUCUUUGCAAGACUUGGUGGUGAUCUGAAACAGUAGGAGGCCCAUCCAUACAACAGAAUGAAAGUAGAUAACUAGAUAUCAUUCUUUUUGGCAAAAAGAGAACAUGCCAACGCCAUACAGUUUGUGUAGCUUGUUGCCAUAACUUUGCAAUUGAGCUCUAUAAUUGUGUUUUGACUUGGCUUUUUGAUUCGGCAUUAUCCCUUGUUGUACAUGUGAGCUUGGCUGUGCAUAAUCUGUAAUUAACAUUUGUUACAUGGACAGCCCCGAAUGAGGGAGAGGGAAGUUCAGGAAAAGAAGGGUAAUAUCUGUUGGUUUUAUGUGGUGAUUCA